AUGGCCGACGACGAGCAAUGGAGCAUGAUUCAUCUAGGACUGACAGUUUCAGAUCCAAAUAGUGUCAACUGGGAUGGUCCCACUGAUCCAGCAAACCCCCGAAAUUGGAAGAGGGGGCGAAAGCUGAUACAUAUUCUUGCACUUAGCGCUAUCACCCUCUACGCGAACCUCGCUGCUAUUAUGUUCGCUCCUGCAGCUCAACAGUUUGCUAUGGAGUUUCGCGUUACAAGCGGCAUUGUAGCCACUCUAACCGUUACCAUCUUCAUCCUGGGGUUUGCCAUCGGGCCCCUUCUCCUUGCCCCCAUGUCAGAGCUCUACGGCAGACUAAUAAUCUAUCAUGUUUGUAAUGUCGUGCAUUUCGCCUUCACUAUUGGUUGUGCAUUGAGUACGAAUACUACUAUGUUUAUUAUAUUUCGUUUUAUCUGUGGGUGCGCUGCAUCCUCCUCGAUGUCGAUCGGGGGCGGGACCAUUGCAGACCUUUAUACUGAGGCUGAGCGUGGAAAGGCAAUGGCGCUAUAUGGCAUUGGUCCCCUUCUAGGCCCAGUCAUUGGUCCCUUGAUUGGUGGAUUUGUGGCGCAAUCUCUAGGCUGGCGUUGGACAUUCUGGCUGAUUUUGAUACUGUCCGGCGCCACCUCUCUUCUUACUUUAAUUGUAAUGCGGGAGACUUACGAGCCCGCUCUCCUUGAGCGCAAGGCCGCUCGGUUGCGCAAGGCAACUGGGAACAGUGAACUCCGAGCCCAGACCUCCAACAAAAGGCUAAAUUCUAGGCAGCUCCUGGGACGUGCUGUCAUACGCCCAGCUAAGAUACUUCUCCUCUCGCCUAUUGCUCUUCUCCUCGCGAUCUACACUGCAUUUAUGUUUGGUCUUGUUUACCUCUUAUUCACUACGUUCCCCGUCGUGUUUCAGAUGACAUACGGUUUUAGUAUUGGUAUUACUGGGCUUGCAUACCUUGGGCUUGGGCUAGGCAUGAUGCUCAGUUUAAUUCUUUUUGGUGUACUGAGCGAUAGACUUCUUCACCAGCCACGGGGAGCAACUAUCGCACGGCCUGAGCUUCGCCUUCUCCUAAUGGUAUGGCUGUCACCUGUAGUUCCUAUCGGCUUUUUCUGGUACGGGUGGAGCGCCGAAGCGAAAGUUCACUGGAUUGUCCCUAUAUUGGGCACAUUCUUUAUUGGCAUUACCAUCUUCCUUAUUCUUAUACCUUCUCUGAUUUACCUUAUAGACGCCUUUGGGCCAGAGGCGGCUGCUUCUGCUGUGGCUGGAAAUAUGGUCCUACGAAGCCUUUUUGGGACAUUUAUACCUCUUGCAGGCCCCUAUUUGUACAAGAGUUUGGGACUCGGUUGGGGAAAUAGCUUGUUGGCUUUUAUCUCUGUGGCAUUUGUGCCUGUUCCCUUCUUCUUUUACAAAUACGGGGAGCGCUUGAGAAUGCGAUUUCCGGUAGACUACUGA